CAGAGUGAGUGAGAGUGAGUGAGUGUAAUGUGCCUUUCGAAGUGCUGGGAGCUUGAUGGGAAUGUUUGAUUAGCUCCACUCAGAAAAAGAAAAGGUGCCCAGGCCUCCUUUUCCUGCUUGUUUCUGAGUCUUUAGAAUAACGUUGACUGGAGUUUGUGGUGCAGAAAAACUUGGAAAAAAUACUGCAUUCAUACUGUGAGGAGAAAAGGAAUACACCUCAGGCAAGUGCACUGUACUGAACCUGCUGAUUUUGUUGUUCUUGCCAUGAAGGCAUCAAUCAUUGCAGCCUUCUUUGCUUUGUUUCUGACUUGUACAUAUGCAACUAAAGAAGCUACAAAGAAGAACAAAAAGGCUAAACAAUAUGUACCUGAGAUAGACUGCGAUAUCAAAGCAGGGAAGAUAAUCAAUCCAGAAUUCAUUGCAAAAUGUCCACCAGGAUGUCAAGACAUAAAAUACCGUGUUUAUGGCACCGACAUUUAUGCUUCUUUUUCCAGUGUGUGCGGUGCUGCUAUUCACAGUGGUACUAUUGACAACUCAGGAGGGAAGAUCCUUGUUCAGAAAGUUGCUGGACAAUCUGGUUACAGAGGGAGCUUCUCCAGUGGAAUCCGAUCCUUGUCCCUACCACGCUGGAGGGAGUCCUUCAUUGUUUCAGAAGGCAAACCAAAGAAAGGUGUGACAUACCCAUCAACUCUUGAAUAUUCUUCCUCAAAAAGCUCACCUGCUAAAGCAGAACCUAAAAAGUCGGCACAAGAUAUAAAGGCUACCAAGAAUACAGACAUCUCUAAUGCAUCAGAAAAAUCACCUGAACAAGCCGAUGCACUCCGCAAAGAAUAUCAGACGUCUCCGGGACCGGUACCAACUACACAAGUUACCACCACAACUCUGAAGCCAACCACAACUCCAGAACCCAUCAGCACAACACCAAAGCCAACUACAAUCCCUGCAACAACCAGCACUCCAGCUACUGUUACCGCUGCCAAACCUCGACCUGCAGUGCAUAGGGUCAGGGAUAUAGGUCCUAGCAGCGUCCAUCCAGUUUACUCAGCUGUGGCUGCUGCAGCAUCAAGGCAGAUUCAGGCUGCACAAGGAAGAGGCCAGAAUCAAGGUAUUCAACGCCAAGAGCCUGUCGCAGCCUUCCAGAAACCUGCCGAGUCUCCAGUCCAUCUCGCUUUGGAAACUGACUUGUGGAAACCUGGAUCAAGCCUUUUUGACACAGGCAUCAGUUCAAAGGAAGAAUUGAAUCCGAAACCUUUGGAGCCAGUUUCCCAGGGAAACCCAAACUGCAAAGUUGAUUUGUCCUUCUUGAUUGACGGGAGCUGGAGCAUCGGUAAACGCCGUUUUCAGAUCCAAAAACAAUUCCUCAGUGAUGUGGCUCAAGCUCUUGAUGUUGGCAUAGCUGGUCCUCUCAUGGGCAUUGUUCAGUAUGGUGAUGACCCUUCUACAGAAUUUAACCUCAAAACUCAUGCAAACUCCCGGGAUGUGAAAAAUGCCAUUGAGAAAAUUCCACAGAAAGGAGGACGUUCCAAUGUUGGGAAAGCACUUUCAUUUGUUAACAAAAACUUCUUUUUGGAUACCAAUGGAAACCGAGGUGGAGCACCCAAUGUGGCCAUAGUGCUGGUGGAUGGAUGGCCCACCGAUAAGGUGGAGGAGGCCUCCAGACUGGCGAGAGAAUCUGGAAUCAACAUUUUCUUUGUCACUAUUGAAGGAGCUGAUGAAAACGAAAAACAGAAUGUUAUUGAACCCAACUUUGUGGACAAGGCUGUAUGCAGAACAAAUGGCUUCUAUUCCAUUAACGUGCCAAGCUGGUUCAACCUACGCAAGGUAGUCCAGACCUUGGUGAAACGGGUCUGUGACACCGCUCGGCUGGCUUGCAGCAAGACGUGUCUAAAUUCAGCUGACAUUGGCUUUGUAAUUGAUGGUUCCAGCAGCGUUGGCACUGGCAAUUUCCGCACUGUCCUCCAAUUUGUAGCCAACAUAAGCAAAGAAUUUGAGAUUUCAGACACCGACACCCGUAUUGGAGCUGUGCAGUACACCUAUGAGCAGAGGCUGGAGUUUGGAUUUGACAAACACAGCACUAAGCAAGAUGUUCUGAAUGCUAUUAAGCGAAUCAACUACUGGAGUGGAGGGACCAGCACUGGAGCAGCCAUCAACUAUGCCUCUAAACAGCUCUUCAGCAAAUCCAAACCCAACAAGAGGAAGAUAAUGGUUCUCAUUACAGAUGGCAGGUCUUAUGAUGAUGUCAGAGUGCCAGCCAUGACAGCUCAUCAAAAUGAGGUCAUAGCUUAUUCCAUUGGAAUUGCAUGGGCAGCCCAGGAUGAACUGGAAGCCAUUGCAACAGACCCGGAUAAAGAACAUUCCUUCUUCGUGGAUGAAUUUGACCACCUCUACAGAUUCGUUCCUAGGAUCAUCCAGAACAUUUGUACAGAGUUUAAUUCACAGCCCCGGAACUGAUGAAAGUAGGCAAAGCAUUAUACUAACGCUGGGUCACUGGGUGUCAUGCAGGAGAUACACAAAAUGCUAUACAAGUAAUGCCAGCUAUGAGUCCAAGAAAUACUAGAAGAGUUAUUCUCUGGCAUUUUUCAGUUAACAAAGCUGAUUUCAGCUCUAUUCCCUAUGCAUGAUAAAGCUCUGUGUAGACAAGCAUUUUUAUUUUACCUUUUUUUCUGGCUUCAAAACUCUGACUUGGUUGGAUAGACAAAGACAGUUACAACCCUUGAAAAGAUAAAUCAAGUGACUCAGCGUUGUAGAUUGAAAAUUUGUUUCCAGAAGAGAGGUUUGAAAAGGUUUUUCAGUGUAGAUCCCAGGGACAUUUUCAUUUGGCCUUUGUGUAUUGCAGAAGCUCUCUUUAAAGACAUUCUCUGUCACAGUGCUUCUCAAACUGUGGUCUGUGGACCACUGGUGAUCUGUGGAAUACUGCCGGUUAGAGACCAAGCUGUGUCUAUCAGAGUGGUGAAGCAUCUCUGUCUUCUAGCAGUGAUGCUUCCUGCUAGUUGUUGUCCAGACCAGGACUCUCAGGGUUUCCAGAGAUGCUUUCCAACAAAAUCCAGAACACCUUUUUUUUAAACUUUGGACAGCUGUUUUAUGUCUCUCUGACAGGUUUUCAUUUGGUAUAAUUUCAAGCUGAUAGAUACUAACAGGAGAAAGAGCCAAACUGCAAAGUGACCUGGAUAGAUUAGAGCAGUGGGGUCUACAGGCAUUUACUGAACUUAAUGAAGUUCUGCACCUAUGGAGAGGAAGCAGCUGGUGUACAUACAAAAUCAGGAACAUGGAAUCCAGAAUCCCCACCCAUUGCAUUAGAGGGAGUUUAUUUAGAAUCUUUUCCUCUUAACGUUGUCCUAUUGUCCGUGUCCAAGCACGAUAGUUACUGCAAGAAGGGUCUGGGCUCAAGAAGGAGAUACCAUUGGAAGGGCCUCCGUCUUAAGUGGUACACAAUAUGAAAAAAGUUUGAGAACCACUGCGUUAUCACCAAACCAUUCCUCUUUUAGGUUUCACCCUGAUGUAUGGAUGGAGAUCAAUAGCACGAAGAGAAAAGACUGUUCUAGAGUUGUUUUGUUAAGGAUUUAAGAGAAACACAGUCUGACUGUAUUAUUGGGUAUUAUACAUUGGCAAAAGCAGGACUUCCCAAUGGUAGAGACACACACUGUAGAUGAAGUAUUUGGGGUUGGUUUUGUGUCUGUUGGUUCACAGAGUGUGCUUGACCAAGCCAAUUAUACUAUUAUGAUACUGCCUUCUUAAAUGAGGAACUAAUCUUCAGCAAAUGGUGCCAGAAGUGAUAUAUUACUAAAGUCUUGAAAGACUUGGGCUUUAAUUGGUGUCAGCUGGCAUCUAUUUUUUUCACCCACUAAAACUUGAUAAUAUAUGUUCAUUGUUUAUCACAGUUCAUGGAGGGAAAGGUGAGAAGAGUUAAAUAUUACUUGAGAGAAACAAGACUGUUCAUGAACUUCCCUGGAUAUUGGAAUUUGUAGUCCACAAUGCCCGGGGGGCGGGAGGAAAGGGUAAGAAAUUAAUGAUGAAAUAUUAAAUGAGUUUUUGUGGCUCAAUUCUCCUAGCUACUACACUUUGAAUAAAUAACAGGAUCUGAAUACAAACAUGUCAUUCAAAUUAAUUACUACUCAAAAACAUCAUUAGAAAUACAAUCCUUCCAACCCUAAUUAGCCAAAAGAAAUCAUUUAAUCAGAGACAGAGGUGAAGGGAUCUGUGCCAAUCUGGAGUGAUUGCUUGUAGGCAUGCAUUACUUCACAAUACAGAUACCCUGAGAUAGAAUUAGUAGAACAAGGAGAUUAUCAAGUUAUUGCAUUGAUGAGGUUUUGCAGCCUUCCAUCAGCAAAACACACACACUUCAAAGACACUUUGUACCCUCACUGGCCCGAAUUCUGACACCAUUCAUAAACCCUGAGUAGAUCAGUUUUGCGCAGGGGGUCUAACAUGGGAAUAUGAAGUUAGGAGCAAUAAGGGCAAAUUUGCAUGCAUUAGGACAUAUUUUCAUUUCUUUGAACAUUUUAAUCUUAAAAAAUAGCAAACUUGAUAAGCAUUUACCAUGGUGGUUUUCAAAUGCUCUUCACUUAUGUGUAACAGUUCAGUGACCAUCCUCCAUAUCAAGCAUGCAAGAUUAUUUUUCAAAAGGCAACAAGGUAAACCACUUAAAAAAACCCAAACCAUAAACUUAUUGAACAACUGUUUUGUAUGGUGACUGAAUGUCACGAGAAUUUCAUUGCCUACGUCUUUGAAGUGAUCCUUAAAUUGUCAGAAUCCCCAAAAGUGAUUUUUGGUUUUGUUUUGAAAUGUCUCAUUUUAAGUAUCUUUUUCAUAAACACUGUAAAUAAAAAGAUAAGGGCUUAUUCUACAGUUGUGGAAUUACCACUGAUAUCAAUGGGAAUCCAGUGCAUAGAAGAAGUGUAGAAUAUAUCCUGUUAUACAUUAAAAAACAUUUACCUUGGACAGCAACCAAAGUACAGGUCAUCUGUGGAAAAGCCCCUGCAAAGAAUGUUUUGUUAAAACAUGGGAUAGUAAGUUAUCUGUAAACCGUCUCAUAAAAAGUUUUUUUUCUUGUAUAUUUGUUUGUGAAGAAAGCAGAGUUCCUUUUGUAACACAUCUGAGCUACUUUAAGAGCUUUUCAUAAUACAAGUUGCUAAACCUUUUGCAAUAAAAAACAUAAAAGGUGUAUGCAGUACAGCUUGCAUAUUGAAGACUAUUUUAAAAACUGUACAUCCAAAUAUUGUUACUGCAUUUUAGUUUUUAAAAUGCAAAUAGGGGUUUCCUAAAAAUAGAGACACCAUCAAAGUUAGCAAGACCUAUGGUGUUAAAAUAAAAAGGUUUCUGUGCUUUUAUGUUGAACAUACCUGGCUGAAUUACUGCAAAUCUUGCAAAGAUCCAUGGAAGGGGAAGUCAACUCCAAGCAGUGUAAACUAGCAGAAUUUGAUACGCAGCACCCGAGAUGGAGGUUGAUGUCAGGACAGAGGGAACAAGGGGUGAAACAUGUCUCACAUAGCGCCUGAGGAUCUUUAGGACACAUCAGUGUGAAAGCUGUGGACCUCCGAGACCUGAAUGGUGCGGAAACCCCCAUGGUUUCCGAGUUGGUGGCUAUGACACAUUUGACUCCAUUGCUGCAAUGAAACCGUGUAUGGCUAAAAGCUAAGUGUUACUAGAUAAACUAGACACCCAUGUAGAGCUGGAAUAAGAGCCUCAGGGCCAGUUGUCAAAGAUAUUUAGGUAUCUAACUCCCAUUAAGUCACCUAACUACCUUUAAAAAUCUAGCCCUUAGUCUCUCAGCUCCAAAAGCACAGGCUCUGUCAUUUGAUCUGAAGGAAAACUCCCUUAGCUGAUAGCAGCAGCUCCUUAUCCUUUUGUGAGCUAGCCACUAGAGAUCAUAACUCAUACAUGUAACCAGUACCUUAGUGAUAUAUAUGCUUUCUGCAGCCUUGCUGACUGGGCUCACUGAGUACACAAUAGCAACUAAUGGUGGGCUAAGCAGCAUUAGGUGCCACAGCAGCUAGACAGACGAUCUCCCAGAACAUAAAGAAAUCACCUGGGAAUAGCUUGGUCCCAAUAGAUGUGUUUACUAAUCACAUGCACACACGCAAGGCCUCACUAUAGCAUACAUCUGGUCUGCCUGACUGCCGGUGGCUUCUACCACCAUGGUGAGUGCCACUGAAAAGCUCACCAACUUUUUAAAGGGAUACUAACCUGUUCCUAUGGACGGCACAGGGGUACCUGCUGCUCCCCCUUCCCAUGCACACCAGCCACACUCACCUAAUACCUCAUGUCCCCCACCAGGACUUGCCACAGCAAAUACUUGAUAUGAAACCAAGAUGAUCUUAAUAAGAGGGAUCGGGUAGAUUCAAGCCCUCUUAUCAGAAUACAAUCCCAGUGUGUGCUUCAGGUGGAGGGGGGUCUGUGCAAGACUAAAAGGAGUGGUGUGCCUGUACUAUGGGCACAGUUGGCUCUGGGCAGAAGUGGUUCUGUGCCUGGGGCCCAUGAGAGUGACGUCCCAUACAGCUCAAGGCAUGUGGAGCAGGCUGCGUCACUGCCCCACAAAAUACCCCUUCCUUUCAAUUCCUGUAGCGUGCAGCCUGGGUGGAGAAGCCACUGCUGGGCCAGAAGUGCAGAUUCCUUACUGCCUCCCUUGGACUUUGUGGGGAGGGAAAUGAUGGUGGAUCCACCACUGCCUUCCACAUGGACCAGGAAGUGGGGUUGGAGAUAUUGGAUGGGCUGGGACUCCCCACUACCCCUUUGGCCAGUGGCCCACUGCCCUGCAGUGACCACUUGGGUGGCUGGCUGGAAUUGGGAGGAGACCCCGUAUUGCUGUUGCUCUGUGGGGAUUCAGCUACCAAGGCUGGCGGUAAGCUUUCAGAUGGGGGGCCUUCGUAUUCCCUAUUCACUGCUUUCAUAUUUGGGAAAAGAUCCCCACAUUUGCUGCUCCUGUAAGAGAUGGGCAGACCCAUUUUCCCUUCUCCAUGCUCAUUGCAGCUCUUGCAUUGUAUGAAAUAUUGGAGUAAUACAUUCCCAGUGAUCAGGGAAGCUUUUGGAAGUAGCUAGCCCAAUAGGGGCCAUGAGAAAGUCCUUUCUUCAUGUCACUAAAGCAUGGAUCACCAUAGCCAGGUCCACGUCCAGAGUCUC